AUGGAUAAAUCAAAUGAUCUUGAUAUUUUGCAAACGUACACGUGGCGUAAGAUAAGGGAAGCAUAUGUUAAACAAGCUGCUCUCGUUCGUGAAGUUAACAAUUUAGUCGGACCUCUAAUACUUCUAUCGAACUCGUGCAAUUUUUACUUUACAUGUUUACAUCUAUUUUUGGGAAUUACUCAAGGAAUGUCUGACACCAGUUUAGAUCAAAUAUAUUAUUUGUUAUCUUUCACGUGGUUGUGUAUAAGAACAUCACUGGUAGUACUUUCCGCUGCUGAUGUAAAUGUUUGUUCUAAGGAUUCAUUACCUUACUUAUUUAAAUACAACACGCAAACCUACAAUUUAGAGAUUGAUAGACUUCAGUAUCAGCUACGUAAAGACUUCGUUGCUCUAAGUGGAAUGGGAUUUUUCUUUCUUACUAAAUCCUUGUUACUACAGAUGGGAGGUGCAGUCGUAACCUAUGAGCUAGUGCUAAUACAAUUUGAUAGCACUGAUUAUAACUUAACGAAUACAACUGCCUAUUAG